AUGAUCAGGAAGAAAGUUGUAACAGAGCACUGGCAUGCAUUCCGAGACCGCAAGGGACUAUUUGCAAAGUGUCAGCUCAUCCUGCGGCUCGGCAUCGACGCCUUCUCCCCUGAAUCCAUGCACCUGGUCGACAUGGCAAAGGACGAUCAGCAUCCACUCGAUGAGCCUUCUCAGAUGGAUGGCCCCGACAAUGCGCAGUCGCGAAGCAACAAGGUUCGUGCUCGUGGUCGCCGACUCCUCGCGAAAGAGGUCGCCAUCUUGGACGCUCCCGUGUACGCUGCCCAGGUGGCCGCGAAGAGAGCUGCGGAAGCCGCCUCUGGCAGUCCGCACCGCCCCAAGCGUGCCAAGUACUCCGCGCAACAGAAACGGGGGGAUGGGGACGGCCCUGUGAUGCCCCCAGAGUCGCAGGCAUCAAAAGGGAUUAGAUUCGCCGUCAGUGGGCUGGGCAAGCGUCACGCUGGGACAGGGCUCGGCGACCCUGCUGAUGCCCUGCCGUAUAUACAACCUGUCACAACCAUUCGUUUCCUGGAACCCAACACAUACCUGCAAGACGAAUCACCUCCGUUUGAACUUGAAGAGACCCCGAUGCCCAUUGACCCCCAGUUGAGACAAGCAGAGGAGCAAGAGCCGGAUCCGCAACCGCAAUCACCGACACCGAUUCGUCCAGACGCCUAUGUCUUUGGCGACAUAAAACCCAUUUUCGGAUUUUGCGGGUCUUGGCCUGAGCUCGAUUCUCACGAUUUUGAUCGACCUGGCAUUAGCUUCACGCUGAGUGGAUGGAUUCCCGACAGGAAAUGGCUCAGAUGGGCAGGUUUCGGCCACGAGAUUGAGAAGCGGUUUGCGGCUCGGGAGGCCCGUUUGUCCUCUUCGGCUUUGACAAAGGGCCCAUACCAACGGUUCCUCAACAGGUUGCGGGCCUGCGUGGAGGUGGAGGCAUCAUGGAAGCCGGAUUUUGCCAAUGCGGUUCCCGGAGAGGCUGGCCCCCACAACAUUUUCGUUUCAAGCCUUGGCGAAGAUGGCGAAGAUGCUUUCAGGCUGCCUUUGAAUCUGGUCUGGCCUGCCGAAGAGCAGCUUACGUUGACGUCGACGCACGACAUGGUCUCCAAGUUUGAAGGCGAGGUGGUGUCGUCUUCAGACGAGGAAUCCAGCCAGGACCCCUUUGCUGAGACGAAGGCGCCGAGGCUCGGAAGAAGAGGAAUAAAAUUCGCCACCGUCAUGGGCGUGAAGCCGCCGAGGAUCAAACGAGUUGCCUUGGUGACCCGCGCCCUGACAGCCCUUCCCGCGCAAAGCGAGAGCACGGGAGACGCUGCUGAAGUCAUUGAAGAUUCGGCCGAGCUCAUGGCGGCUUUCAUUGCCGUCCGCUCGCUUCUGGGAGGCGCCGAAAAGGCGAUAGACUGGGGCCUCCUGGUCAGGAUCUUCCCGAGCCUUGGACUCACGUACUUGCGCAAGUUCUGGGCGGAUGCUCGCAAGGAGCAGGCCGCUUACAUAUCCAACUUUACCCGCGUUUUCCAGGAGCGGCUCAUCGCGGCGUUGGACGAGGAGGAGCUCCCCAUGAUUGACUUCGAAAAGCCCCUUGCUUAUGACUGGGGUAACCUGAUUCAAUGGACGGUGCAGUUGCCUCGCCAGGAAGGCUUCCAGUUGCCGCAGUCAAGGGACUCUCUCACCAAGCAGUACUCGCUGGAUGAUGUCAAGGCUACCGGUGAGGACUGGCGAGAGAAGUACUUUCAUGUCUUGUCUUCCUUCUUUGCGCGGUACGAGGCGGUUUCCUCGGAACCGGGGGUGGUCGCCAUGGGCGAAGCCUCUCGAGGGUUCCACGAGCCACCUCGCAUCGACGAGCUGGUCAUAGCGAGGUCCUGGAUCAAGUCCUUGUGCAGCACGGCGGAGACAAGAUACUCGGCGGAGCAGGUCAGGAGUAAGUUCCUGCAGCUGGCGGCGCGCGACAAGCAGCGAAGGUCCGAGUUGCUCAAGGAGGCCGCCGCCCAGCUGGCGCAGCAGCGCGUCAUCUGCCGCAAGGAGAGGCCGCUCGCGCGGGGCCGGCCGUACCGCCUCAACGAAUGGUACCUGUCAACGCUGGCCAAGAUGGCGCAGAGCUCCAAGUACGACGAGGCGGCGGCCUUCAAGGAGGAGCUGGACUCUACCUUUCGGCGCAAGGAAACCAUGAGGGUGCCGUACACGCUCAACGAUGGCGCCAUGAUGGCCUUGACCAACCUGAGCGCGGCGGGGAGGAUCCGGCUGGUGCCCGUGGACGUGCCCAACAUUCCGUUUGGCUUCGAGCCGGGCAGCUACGAGAGCCGUAAGACGCCCAAGUCGUACUACCACUUCGCACUCGAGGCGGUCCCGACAGCGACGUAUGAGUACAACGAGGAAAUCAAGGUGCUCCGAGAUGUCGUCCGGGAGGGCCCGCCGCGGGGAGGACCGCAGGGCGAAUCGCCGCAGUGGAUUGACAUAUUCGGGCAGAGCAACGUGCAGCGGUGGUCCGAGCUGCUGGGGGCCUUUUGCUUCACCUUUGCCACACGCGGGUCCAUGACCAUCGAGGGCAUCUGCAGCGCCCUCAGCCCGCUCCUUGACGAGUUCGAAGCCUACCUCAUCGUGGCGUGGGGCACGCGCACGGGAGUCUUGACCGACCUCGUGGACAACGUGGGGACGACGGUGGGGGACUGGUGGUGGCUGGCGGUGCCUUGGUCACGGCAUCAGACGGGAGACCAGGCGGAGAAGAUGGCCCAAUGA